AGGAGGGACCGUCGGUACUCCUCUGCUCACGAGCGUGUGGCGAACCGACAGAGACCGGAUCUGACAGCCGCAGCGCCCCCGCGCUUCCUACCCAGACAGGGUGCAGCGCUCUGAGGCUGGACUCGGCCGAUAAAGCUCGGCAACCUCAGCGCGGGAUUCGUGCUCAACCACCUGGCUCUCCUCGUCGCUCCGUCGUGUGAGGACAGAUUUACUGAGCCGUUAACGUGGAGCGUCUCUCCCCAAACGCACAAACACUACACACAGGCACGCUUUCUGGACCGGAGACGAUGCCACCUGCUCCUUCGUCCUCCGCUGAGCUCUCCGCUCGACUCUGAACGGAUUUCUGAAUGGUUUCCAAAUCCGCUGGAUUAGGAUAUAGAGCGACUGCGGCCAAGAACAGCAGAACAGUGGAAGUAACAGCGAGCAGAAGUUGAGACGCAGACUGGAUCUUCCCCGGAUGGUUCCUGUUGACUGCGACUGAAGAGCCUCUCCGUCACUUCUCAUCACUUUACCCCACACGGGGAUUUACAUUAGCCAAUCUGAUGAAAGGAUGCUGCAGAGACCUGCCGAGGGACUGAGCCCCACCUGAUAACCCCCACCCCGCCCCUCCCCUCGUCCUCUUCCCGACCCCUGACCCUCAGAGCCCUCAGUGCCGCUGUCCCAUCAUGAACCUUCUUUGCCGCGGGCGCCUAAAGCUGCUGGCGGCGUCACUCACAGCCAUCGUCCUGCUCACCUGGCUCUACCUUCUGGCUGGAAACCUGGAAAAUGGUCGUUCCCUUCUCCUGACUCCUUGCCUGGCGGACACUCCAGCUGCCCAGGUCCUAGAGCGGGCCGUCCUUGAGUCGCGGGUUCGGGAGGUGGAGGAGGAGAACCGACAGAUCCGCCUGCAGCUCAGCCAAUCGCAGGGUAUGGCUGGCCAGGCAGCGGAUGGUAACUAUGGCAACCAGCAGUGGGGCGCAUCUGCAGACACGGGGCCCGAGGAUGGCGACAACACGGCCGAGGAGAAGAACAACCACACGGGGUGUCCCCGCUCACCCACCGUCCAGAAGUGUGAGCUGAUCCAUGUAGCGUGCGUUUGUGCCGGUCAUAACGCCAGCAGAGAUGUGGUCACACUGGUCAAGUCGGUCCUCUUUCACAGGAGAAAUCCUCUCCACUUUCAUUUUAUCACUGACACAGUAGCAAAUCGAAUCCUGAGUUCUCUGUUCCGGUCCUGGAUGGUUCCAUCUGUGCAAGUCAGUUUCUACGAUGCAGAUGAACUCAAGUCCGAAGUGUCGUGGAUACCCAACAAACAUUACUCAGGUAUUUACGGCUUGAUGAAGCUGACGCUAACCAAAGCUUUGCCCUCCGACCUGUCGAAGGUCAUCGUCCUGGACACAGACAUCACCUUCGCUACGGACAUCGCUGAACUCUGGGGCAUUUUUAGGAAGUUUACUGAUAAGCAGGUGAUUGGUCUGGUGGAGAAUCAGAGUGACUGGUACUUGGGCAACUUAUGGAAAAACCACAAACCGUGGCCUGCGCUGGGAAGAGGCUUCAACACAGGCGUCAUUCUUCUGUACUUGGAGAGACUGCGGCGAAUCGGUUGGGAGCAGAUGUGGAGGCUGACGGCAGAGAGGGAACUUAUGAGCAUGCUCAGUACAUCACUCGCUGAUCAGGACAUAUUCAAUGCCUUCAUAAAGCAGAACCCAGUCCUGGUGCACCAGCUCCCCUGCUUCUGGAACGUUCAGCUGUCUGAUCACACGCGCUCCGAGCAGUGCUACACCGAGGUGUCUGACCUCAAGGUGAUCCACUGGAACUCUCCUAAGAAGCUCCGCGUCAAAAACAAACACGUGGAGUUCUUCAGGAACCUCUACCUGACCUUCUUGGAGUAUGAUGGAAACCUGCUGAGACGGGAACUGUUCGGCUGCCCGACGCAGGCCAGUCCAGAGAGCGUCAAGCUACAAAAGGCUCUGGAGGAGCUGGACGAGGACGAUCAGUGUUACGACUUCCGUCGAGAGCGACUGACAGUGCACCGAGUUCACCUGUAUUUCCUGCAGUAUGACUACACGCCCACUGAGGACAACACUGACAUCACUCUGGUGGCCCAGCUCUCCAUGGACAGGCUGCAGAUGCUGGAGGCCAUCUGUAAGCACUGGGAAGGCCCCAUCAGCCUAGCUCUCUACAUGUCUGACGCUGAGGCUCAGCAGUUCCUGCGUUACGCCCAGGCCUCCGAGGUCCUCAAGAACCGCAAGAACGUGGGUUACCACAUUGUCUACAAGGAGGGCCAGUUCUACCCGGUCAACCUGGUGAGGAACGUGGCCCUGAAGAAUGCCAACACACCCUACGUGUUCCUGACUGACGUGGACUUCCUGCCAAUGUACGGUCUCUAUGAUUACCUGAGAAAGUCUGUGGUGCAGAUGGACAUGGCUCACACAAAGAAGGCUCUGGUGGUUCCAGCUUUCGAGACCCUUCGUUACCGUCUGUCCUUCCCCAAAUCCAAAGCCGAGCUGCUCUCCAUGCUGGACAUGGGGACUCUCUACACCUUCAGGUAUCAUGUGUGGCCAAAGGGUCACGCGCCUACCAACUAUGCCAAAUGGCGAACGGCCACCACGCCCUAUAAGGUGGAGUGGGAGCCAGACUUUGAGCCGUACGUUGUGGUGAGAAGAGAAUGUCCCGAGUACGACCAGCGCUUUGUGGGCUUUGGCUGGAACAAGGUGUCCCAUAUCAUGGAGCUGGAUGCACAGGAGUAUGACUUGAUGGUCCUGCCGAAUGCUUUCAUGAUCCACAUGCCCCACGCUCCCAGCUUCGACAUCUCUAAAUUUCGCUCCAGCUCCAGCUACCGCAACUGUCUGAACACCCUGAAGGAUGAGUUCCACCAGGAUCUGUCCAGGAAGUAUGGCUCUGCAGCUCUCAAGUACCUCACUGCCCAGAGAAACAUCUAGAAAGUAGACUUGUUAAGAGCAGCUCUGUCAGCCCUGCGAGCUCCGACGCAUAUUGACGCUGGAGGUGCUUGGAGUGUAUCAAGUGUGGAUAUAAGCUUUACAGCCCUUUUGAGCAUCCCCGGGCUCCUGUGCAUUAAUUCUCCAGUCGACUGCAACUCGGAGUGACUGAGGACCGGACGCAGAGACGAAAACCAAAACAGGACAGCACAGCUGCGGAUUUUUAACGUGGGACUCUGACACGGCCGAAGGGGACAAUAGACGAGAGUGGAAACUGAUGGGACUAGCUUUAAGGCGAGGAAACAACAACCAUAUUCUUACAAUUUGUUCUGACAAUCAGGGCUUUUUUCAAGCAGACACACAGUGAACCAGUCGAUCUCCACGGAUAUUUGGAUAUUUGGCACCUGGGGGAAAAACUUCUGACAUUAGGAAUCAUAUUCGGGAGGCACGUCGAACUGCAGAAAGAUUUAAGCCUUAUCACUUUCCUGAUAUUUACUAAGAUAUUUAAUAUUUUCUUUUCUUUUUUUUUCUUCAGUGCAAAUCUGAACCAAUGAUAGUGAGCGUUUGCAUUUACAAUGUUUUGAUUAUGGCUUUACACAAGAAUCAGUUUUUUUUCUUUCUAUAUUUUCUGACCUCUUAUAAAGAAAUCCAUAGUGUCCUGGUCAAACGAUUUAAGUUUCUUCUGUGGGCUUCAGGGAUGUGCUGUGUGUGUGUGUGUGUGUGUGUGUGUGUGUGUGUGUGUGUGUGUGUGUGUGUGUGUGUGUGAGAGUGAGAGAGAGACAGAGCAAGCGAUCCAGCUGCAUCACUGGGCACGUCUUCAACACGCUUACAGCUCGUCUUCAGUGUCACGCUUGCUUCUGUCUUGCAUGUAAAGAGUUGCACAACACGUUCUUUUCAUGUUGGAAAAAUCUACAUUUUUCUCCCAUGAUUCCUCCCUUGGAAACAGAAAAUUAUUGAUGAGAUGUGUCAUUACCAAUUGGGACCAACUCACACGACCAACACCGACACAUAAUUGUCAGUGAUGAGAUGAAGCUAUUGGCUUUGAAAUAAGAGCGUGGCAACGGGCAGGAGCUUAUUUUUUUGUGCCAUUACAUUUAUAAUGUGUCUGAAUCACUGGAUUGUACGUGCCAUCUACUGUACUGUUUUACCCACUGUGCUGCUGUUUUUGUAAAGUCCAGCUGAAAUGUUUCUGCAGCCAAAGUUCAGUUUAUUGUUAUUCCAACUUUACCUGCAGACUAGAAUCUGAAGGAUUUCUACAGUUUGUUGUCAGAUUAUUUUGAUGCAGAUCGAGUCUUCUAAUCAGGAGGUGACGUUGAAUUAUCACAGGAAAAAGAAGCUUCUGUGUCCUCUUCUCUUUGCCAAAUUGAAUAUUUUGCCAAGCUAAUUUUACAUGAGAUUUGAAGCUAUUUAAAAUGAAACAGCUGACCGGCUAACUCAGAACACAGGAUGUGCUUGAAUUUUUACUGACAGAGAAAAGAAAAGAGUAAAAAAGUAGUGUAGUGUUCCCAACUUUGUGUCAUAGCCUGUUACAUGAUAUCAGCGACGGGCUCGGUCACUCAGACCCGUCAGUAAACCUGGAAACCUCCGCUCUCACAGGAAUAACGUUGGUGAGGGGUGGUGCAGUUUGAGAUCUGAAAACCUUGUGAUUGCUUUAGUUAACACGGUCACCCGUAGUUUUUUUUUUGUUGUUGUUGUUGUUGUGAAAUGCCAAGUUGCAAACACUCCCCAACUAACCACUGAGUGAUAGUAAAACUAUCAGGAGUGCGACACAAACCCGAGAAACCAAGAGAAACUUCAAAGUAAAAGUUGUAUUUUUUCAAUGAAAUGCAACAACACCUGAUGUUCUCUGUUUUAGGUCAACCAGAAACCUGAUAGUUUCACUGCUAAACGAUUAGUUAGUGAGUGUUUGCAGACUAGUCUUCCAUAUGAACUACAGGUGACCAUGGCAAUCUUCUAGCAACCAAAGAAAUGACAGGGUAGUUUUCAGUGCAGCACUCUUUGUGAUUAACUUCACUGAGGGACAGCAGUCACCCACCAACAAGCACUCUCCAACCAGUUGGGGAAUACUCAUUCCUCCUUAACCGACGAGCCUGCAGGCCUGUGUGACUGGAGACGAAUUAAUGACGUAGUGAAAUCAGAGCAUGAGGUCACUGGAUAUCAAGCGCAGUUACAGUAAACUUCCUGUCCAGCAAUAUUUGUUGUUGCAUUUGUUUGUAAGGCUGUUUACAUCCACCAAACAAAGUUACAGGUCAAAGUCUGACACAAAAGGCUUUUUUUUUAAGUGAAAGUUUUGAACUCCUCGUCUUGUUUUAUCUGUUACUGGCACAAAAGAGCUUCGGUACGUUGAGGCUUCAUAAAGUCCAGAUGGCUAGUGUUUUUUCCCACCGAUGCACGUUUAUUUGCACUUUGCUCAGAUGCAUUUAGAAAAGUAUUUUUUUACAAAGUGCUUUACAAAAACAUAUCAUUCUAAAAAAAUAGUCUACACCCAGCGAUUUAUUAAAACAGAUGGUGUGUAAAUGAUAACAGAGCCGUGAAAGAUUUAAGUGCAGCAUCAAGAAUUAAAUACAGUGUGACUGAAUAUUUAAAAAAAAACCUAAAUAUUUGAAUGAGGAAGAUUAUAAGAAAUCUGAUUUUCUCAAGCGAUGAUGUCCGUUCAGUCUUAAAGUGUGCGUCUGGGAAAAGUUGUCAGGUUGAGGAUGUCAUCACGUGGAAAUCAGUGCUGACAUCUUGUGCUGGUGGUUUGUUAGUCUUUACAGUGGGGACGCUAACCCUGCACCCAGUUCAGAUCUUGAUACCAAGCUAAGAGCACAACCAGUCUAGUCAAAAUAUCUGACGUGUAUCAAACUGAAUAACUUGGUUACAAAUCGGUUUUCUUUAAAAUCACAAGCGAGCGUCCGAAUCUGUUGACAGCUACAUGUUCAAGUUCAAAGGUUGUGCCCUCAUAUGUAUAUCAGGCAGGGGAACUGGCUCCCCUGUCGCUAUUAUGCAGCCACCUUGGCUUUUUACUUUUGUAUAAUAGGAAGGAGCAGCAUCAGCCAUCUUUAUAUACAGUCUAUGUAAACAUCCAACAGCAGCAAACUGGAAUGCAGCCGUCAAACCAGAAUGCUUCUCCUGGAGUUUCCAGAACUGAUCCGUGUGCUGCAGAAAGAUAUUUAUUUCAGUUGGACUUUAUUCAUUUUCUGUUUGUUUUUAAUGAUGCUCUGUCCAACAUUUCCAAUCAGUAAAGUAUGAUGAAUACAUUUGUCAUGUUGUUAUGACAUGUAGCAUUGGACAUGAUGGAUAAGUCCUACUGCUUCGGUUUAGUUUUUGGUUAUUUGAACGCUUUGGUUGGUUAUGCUCAGAAGCAUCUGUGUUUAACGUUAUGUUGGAGCUGCCCGCAGGUUGAUCACGAUGUUUGCAUCCUUCCCUGUAGCACAGGAGAACAAAACAAGUACCAGGGUGCAGCGUUAUCGCUUGUAGCAGCAUCGCGCUGUAGUUUUGUUUUUGAGCAUUCUCUACAAAUUUUCAUCUCUACCUGCAUUUAGAGGGGAGGGGAAGGCAAGCAGAAAAGACUUCAAGCAGAUCUCGUGUAAUUUCCACUGCAAAUACGGCAAACAUGGGAGGUGGGUCACGAGUGACGGUGUAUGUGACGGCCGUUUGACGAGAACUGAGUCCAGACGGUGCCGUGAAGAGCCCUGCUCCCUGCCCACUCCCACCCACACCACCUCUAUUGCCGUGUUGUUGAUUGUGGUAAAUGCUAGUGCCUUUGCUGUAUUGUGAAACUGGAUAUUGAUUGUACUGUUGUACCGACAGGGCCUGGGGAUAGUCAGGCGCUCUAUUUAUUAUUGUUGACUCAAAUCGAUCAUAUUUUUCUAUGUAAGUGCUUUAAAUAAAUUUGCCCUUUUUAUCA